AUGGUUGUAAUCGGUUGCGGGAAAUCAGAACGACGCUUCGAGAUGGACUUCGGUCCAUUGGACAUGCUGCAGAUAAUGCAGACGGUGAAUGUUGUGCCGCCUCCCGUGCCGGUGGAGCCUGUUCCGCCCGUUCCUUUCGUACCGGGGGACUUUUCCGACAUGUGGUGUCGUAACCCAGAAGGCAACAAGGUCGAAUGGUCAAUUAUGUACAAAGUUCCUGCCAUGGCGAUGUCCCAGGGGACAGCAGAGUCGAUUUCGAAUGGAGUGCAGUACGGUUACAUUGAUUCGGCGACGAAAUUGGACGCGACUGUGAGGAUGCGUAUGUUCUACGACAUUACCUCGACCAAAGACAACGCUCUAUAUAACACCUUGGACGUGCUCUUCAAGUAUCCCAGAGGAUUUCUCAAUGAAAAGAAUCUCACGUUUCUGGCGUACAGCGAUCGGCCCCCGGCGAACUUGGCAAACACUACGACGAACGGAGUCGCUAAAGGCGUUCUUCUCUUCGGUGCGAACUCGGGAGCAUGGCUCGUACACAGUUUGGACGGGUUCGGAGAAUUUUUCAAGGAAACAUACUCGUUCCCUGAAGAGGCCCGCAGACAGGGUCAGAUGGUUAUGUGCAUGUCACUCACAUCGGAUAACUGGCCCAGGAUAAUAUCGCAUCUGCGCAGAGAAACUCCGAACCUUUACGACUGGAACAUAUUGCCCGAUAUGUUCGAGGCCUAUCCGUAUCUCACGAAGCUUGUCGAGAAAAAUUUCAACCAUGACGAUCCCGGAGCGGAAACCAACGUCCUCACUGGAGUCAACGGGACAGACUUCCUCGCCUUCUCCAAAAACGCAAUCCAUAACUUCGAUAUCUACGAGACGCUCGUCGCGCCGGGACUCGAGACGAAUAUCUUCAUUCAUGGGGCUGAGGAAAGCGGGGAACAGUAUCUCGAGAAUUUUUGUAACGAAUUCAACCUGACAGCCGUGAAGGAAGUAGAGUUGAAGGUCGGGACGGAUGUGACUUUCAAGAAAAUCAAGAGGUCCCAGGAUAACUCGAAGUGGGCUGUAGCCGAACGAGACUACUGGGUCUGCUUCGGUUCCGUCGACAGGAAGAAGAACCAUCUGCCUCGAGGAGCCGAGGCUUUCUGCUUCCAAAACCAGCCUGCCAAUAUCUUGCUAGCGAACAGUAUUGAUUUAUUCGCCAGCUGCAAGGAGCUACCGUCGGACCUCGCGGCCAAGAUUGCAGCAGCUGCUCCAGGGACUUCGAUAGCACUCGACUCUACACCGAACGGAGGUUACUACACACGCCCCUUGUUCAUCAGACCAGCGUUCGGUAUCCCACGGAUCUACUAUGGUGGGUUGCCGAGUUUCGGCUUCGGGUUCCCGUUCAAGAAGAUUCUCAAAAACCCGAUCGUUGUCGGGGCCGCGGUCGCCGGAGUGAUGCACUAUCGACAUAAGCAGCAGAUCAAAAAGCUGAACGCAAUGCACGCACUCUCGAGCGGCUAUGGCGGCGGUCACGGUGGUGGCUUCGGAUCGCCCGGUUUCGGAGCGGCUGCCGGCAGCAAGUACUCGUCGGGCUUGGCGGGGCUUUUCGGCGGCAGAAAAACCUUAUCCGGGGCCCCGUAUCCGACGAUGGCUGGGAGUUACACCCCGAACAUCAAUCCGGGCUUUGCCGCCGGCGGAUAUCCGAACUAUCCGAACUACGGCGCAGGUCCGUACGGAUCCGCAGGGGGCGGUUAUCUGGUCCAGCCGGCUCAUAAUCCUGGAUACAACGCGGCAAAGCCCGGAACUCCAUCGGCGCCCUCGGCGCCGUCGGCGCCUUCAGCUACGGGCGUCACAAAUCAGAAGUCUGCGCCCGUCGCAUCUGGAACUUCGAGCUCGAGAGGUUCAAGUCCUCACCGACCGGUGAAAGUGGAGAAAACGGUAACGAAAACGGUAACGACGUAUGGUUCCGGCCGUGGCAGCAGUGGGAGUAGUCGUGGCAGCGGUGGUUACAGCCGCGGAAGCAGCGGUGGCUAUAGUCGCGGGAGCAGUCGAGGAAGCGGUCGGGGCGGUGGGCGGGGAGGGGGUCGCGGGAAGGGCUAAAAACCUCGACGACGGGGAAGAACCUUUCUCGGGUCUUGGCAGAAAAUCUGUCAUCUACCCAUGUGUCUCGCAGUCGACUCACCGCAAUGUCUGUCUCUAACGGAAAUCUCUGACCAACCAACGCGAACGUCUCGCUCGACCAAUGUCUUAUCAAGCGUCGGUCGGACUGAGCAGGUACGCCUCGGAGCGCGCGUUCCUAAGGACGGACGUGAACGAUUAUGAACAAUCGAGUUUUUCGCACGGGUGAAUUCCUGCAAAUAUCCUAGGUCAAUCUUGUUCCGAAGCUCCUUCUAUUUUGAAUAAAAUACUGCCGGA